AUGUCUCUCUAUUUUGAUGCGGUCGCGAUUUUGACCGCGCCUUCCACGGGAGGCUCGUUCAAGUCCCGGAUUUAUAGCGCCCGCAACCUGCGCGCAUCCCCGGCGCAGAUCUAUGCGUUGACCACCGAGGCUGCUAAAUGGGACACAGUCCUGGCAGAAGUCAUUGACAAAUCAGGCAUCCUCGCCUUAGAGCGCAAGCUCUCUCCACUCCUCGCCCUUCUGCUUGUGCACGAUCAUUUACUCGCGAAGAAAGGAAUUGCUGCACCGGCCACUCACACACUUCGUCAAACUGUGGAGCGUCACAAGGCUAGACUCAGGGCUGAGUUUACCAAGGCUCGUGUCUGUCGUGGCUGCGCGUCCGUCGAGCAGUUCAAGGCCGUGGUCAUUCGCGAGAAACGACUGGCCGAUGGAACGAGCCAUUUUGUUUACCCACGCUGGGUUCGCAUCAACAAUAUCCGUACUACUUUGGAAGAGCAGUUGAGCACUACGUUCAAAUCUUACCGUCGCGUUGACAGCCUCGCGGAAUUGGCACCAGAGGACGAGCUAGAGAGCCAAAAGCCAGAGCCUCGAUUGUUCAUUGAUCCUAACAUCCCGGAUUUGGUAGCGGUUCCUUUCGGCGCAGAUUUCACUGCCUCCUCUGCCUACAAAAAUGGGGAGAUAAUUCUCCAGGACAAAGCGUCCUGCUUCCCAGCAUAUCUCCUGCUAGGUGAUCGGGGACCCAGCGACCCAUGGGAGGGCGAUUUGGUUGAUGGCUGUGCUGCUCCAGGGAACAAGACUACACACUUGGCUUCGCUCAUGGCUAAACAGCACAAGAACAGCCCGAAUAAAAAGCAAAGGAUCUUUUCUAUGGAUGCAUCAACCAUGCGCUCUAAAACGUUGCAGAAAAUGGUUGGCUUGGCUGGGGCCGACUCGGUCACCGUGCUGCAAGGUCAGGAUUUCCUUGCCCUCGACCCAGAAGAUGAGCGGUUCGAGAAUGUGACCGGAUUAUUGUUGGAUCCCAGUUGUUCUGGCAGUGGAAUCAUCGGCCGUGACGAUGUCCCUCAAUUCACACUCCCAACUCCGGCACCAUCCAAAGCACCCAAAUCUCAUGGAAAGAAACGGAAGCGCCCGGAUAACGAGGACGAAGCAGACGGCGAACAAUCAAAAGCUACCCCCGGAGUUCCGCAGGCUGCCCCCACGGAUGAAAAUGACAUCCCUGAUGGGACCAUUGACCCAGAGCGGCUCGCCAAGCUGUCAAGUAUCCAAGCGCGGAUCGUUGAGCAUGCGUUGAGUUUCCCAAAUGCAACCCAUGUAACAUACAGUACCUGUUCCAUCCAUCUGAUCGAGAAUGAGGGGGUUGUAGCCCGGAUUUUGCGCUCUCGGGUUGCUCAAGAGCACGGCUGGCGCCUUAUGCGGCGCGACGAGCAGCCGGAUGGCUUGCGUCGCUGGAGUAAACGUGGCGUGCGGGAGGAAAGGCCGGCCGAGGGGGACACGGGGCCAUCGGGCACGGUUGAUCUCCCCGAUGAGGCAUUGGAAGCGUGCAUCCGCUCCUGGCAAGGUGAUGCAGAAGGUCUGGGAGGAUUUUUCGUCGCUGGGUUCAUCCGCGAUCCUGAUCAUGCUGUUCCGCUCCUUCCAGCAAAGGAGCGCGAGAGCCAAAAUGAAACUGAUAAACACAAUAAGAGUGACAAAGGUGAAGAUGGCGAAGAAGAUGAAGACGAAGAAUGGGGAGGAUUUUCGGAUUAG